GCCUUCGCAGCCGGUAACUUGCGUCUGGCAAGAGGCAGACCGACUGCCGCCACACAGCCUCCACUGUCGCCGCAGAGGUGCUGGCGAAAGAUGUGGGUUUUUGGUUACGGAUCCCUGAUCUGGAAGGUGGACUUCCCCUAUCAGGACAAGCUGGUUGGAUGCAUCACAGGCUACAGCAGGCGCUUCUGGCAAGGCAGCACAGACCACCGCGGAGUCCCCGGCAAGCCUGGAAGAGUUGUGACUCUUGUUGAAGAUCCUGGGGGUUGUGUAUGGGGUGUUGCUUACAGACUGCCAGCAGGAAAGGAAGAAGAAGUAAAAGCAUACCUUGACUUCAGAGAGAAAGGAGGCUACAGGACCACAACAGUCAAUUUUUAUCCAAAAGAUCCCACUACAGAACCAUUCAAGGUGUUGCUGUAUAUUGGAACAUGUGAUAAUCCUAAUUAUCUUGGUCCUGCACCUCUGGAAGACAUUGCCGAACAAAUUUUUAAUGCAGCUGGUCCAAGUGGAAGAAAUACAGAAUAUCUUUUUGAACUUGCAAAUUCUAUUAGGAAUCUUGUGCCAGAAGAUGCAGACGAGCAUCUUUUCUCUUUGGAAAAAUUAGUAAAGGAACGUUUAGAAGGAAAACAGAACCUCGAUUUCUUAUAGAGACCUAAUCACUGACUUUUCCAAAGGAGCAGAACUUUUAGUCUUUAGAGAAUAGUUGCACUGCACAAUGACAAUAUGAUUUGGAAACAUAUUUACUUGAAGAUCUUAUUUAUUUAUUUUUAGUGUUUGAUAUCAUCAGAAUUUAUGGUUUAAUUGCAAGUGUCCUGAAACACAUACAUAUUCAGAAUAUUAGGGUACAGUUAAAGAAAAAAAUUCAAGUUUUAAUAAUGAUUUUCUAACUAAUGAUAUUAAACACAUAAUCGUGAGAAGUGAGUUUAGAAAAAUACAAUGAAAGACUCAGUUCAAACCUUGUUUCUUUUUUAAUCAGUAAAAAUGUUAUUGUUUCAUAUCACAACACUAUUUUGAAGUUGUAGAGAAUUAAAUCAGAAGUCCAAUAAAUAUAAUAAGG